AAAGACAACUCAAUCAAUCAAUCAAUCAAUCAGGCCGACGAGAAGCGGAAAAGAAGAGAUACAACAUGGCACCACCAACUCCCCAAGAAACUGACAUUGAACUGUAUACAGCCGGGACACCCAAUGGCCAGAAAAUCAGCAUCACUUUGGAAGAAUUGGGUGUGAAGUAUAACGUGAACAAAGUGGAUAUCGCGAAGAAUGUGCAAAAGGAAGAUUGGUUUUUAAAAAUUAAUCCAAACGGCCGUAUCCCCGCCAUCGUCGACAAAACCUCCAAAAAAAGCGGCAAACCCGUCUUCGAAGGCUCCAGUAUCCAACUCUACCUCACGGCCAAAUACGAUCCCGAACAUCGCAUUUCCUUCCCCUAUGACAGCGACGAGUACUGGGAAGUCGUCGAAUGGAUGACCUGGAUGCAAAGUGGUCUGGGACCCAUGCAAGGCCAAGCCAACCAUUUCUAUCGCUAUGCACCCACGCGGAUGGAGUAUGCGAUUAAUCGCUAUCAGACGGAAACGAAGCGGUUGUAUCAAGUUUUGGAGGAGAGGUUGAAGAUGCAGAGUGAGGGUGGGAAGAAGCCCCUCUACAUCGUCGGCAACAAAUACACCAUAGCAGACAUUUGCAUUUUCAGCUGGGUCAACUGGGCUGAAUGGGCAGGAAUUUCUCUCGAACCCUAUCCACAUGUGAAGGCGUGGUUGCAGAAUAUUCAAGAGCGGCCUGCGGUGGAAAAGGGAGUUAAUGUUCCCGAGAAGUUUGAGAUGAAGGAGGCUAUGAAGACGAAGGAGGGGGAGGAGGAGUAUGCGAAACAUCAUAGUAAUUGGGUUAUUGCGGGGCAGAAUGAAGAUGCGAAGAGGCAUCAGUGAGAGGAGAGGGAGGGAAGGUGGUGGUGGAGUCAAUGAUGGAUUUCUGGGCAUCGCUAGUAGUACCUAGGGAGGGAGGAAGUUUGGUAGUCUAUAUACUCCCUCCUCUAUUCAUUCAAC